AUGGCUUCAAUUGGUGAUCCUAACUAUUCUAAAUACCCUACAAGAGGACCUUAUAAUAUAGGAUUCAAAUAAAUUAGAACAGAUAAAUUUGAUAAUGAGGUUAUUGUGUUCUAUCCUGUAGAUAAAGAUCCAAAGAUAGAGAAAGAUUUUAAACAUAAGACUUUUUCAUUCUUUGAUACUAAAAAUUAGAAUGAGUUCAUUAAAGGAAUUUUGCAUUCUAUGCAGCCUUGCAGAGAGCCAUAUAUUCCUAAUAAUGCUCCUGAAUUCUUUUAUAGAUUUCUCUUAGGAGCUAAGAUUAAGAAUAGUUUUGAAGAAGCUCCUCUAAGUAAAGAUUUUACUAAUAAGGAAUUGAUUCCAAUAUUGUAUUCACAUGGUCUAAGCGCCCAUCCUAGAUACUACUCCUAAAUGCUUAAUGACUAUGCAAGUCAUGGUUUCAUUAUAUUUGCAAUUGCUCAUAGAGAUAGGUCUUGCUCAGUUACUUAAGAUAAAUUAGGUAAUUUUACUUACCUUGAUGGCAAUCAUUAAAAACACGAAUAUGAAUUCAGAGCUUAGCAAUUGAGAACUAGGGAGAAUGAAUUUGUAGAACUUAUUAAUGAAGUAGCAAACAUUGGUCACAUCUAAAACAAACUUAAUCUUGGAAAAUUCAACUUAGGUAUUCAAAACUUAGUUGUGUCAGGACAUUCAUUUGGAGGCAUUACUUGCAUAAGUGCAGCUUAAAUGACUGAUAAAGCAAAGAAUAUUGUGGCAUUUGAUCCAUGGACUUACGUGUAUCAGGAUAAAAUUGUGAGUGGAAAGUUUAUUGUUUAGCAGCCGAUGUAUACUGUAAUGACUGAACAUUUUGAAAGAAUGCUUGGUGGAGGGUAUAUCUGGGAGGGAACUAAAUCUCUACAGGAAUUUGCAAAAUCUGAAAAGAAUGAAAGCAUUAUUUUAAAGCAUGGAUAUCAUUAUGAUUAAUAAGAUCUAAAUUUAUUAACACCUUUUGAAGCAUUGAUAUUUGACAAAAGAAUGCCUUCUUAUGAAAUUCCAAUAAUAUACCAACUGAAUAGUUAACUUGGGCUCUUGUAUCUCUCAAAGCUAGGACUUGCUAAUUCUUAUAAAGAAACAGAUAUAAGAUCAAGAGUUGAUAAAUAUAUGAGUAAAUAUGUCAACUAUCAUAUUGAGUAUAAAAAUAAAAGAGAGUGA